AUGUCACUCCGUCCGGUCCUUGACGACAAGAUUGAGGAGGAGGAGGACCGCCAGGCCGUGCUGGGCAAGGACAUCCUCAACCCCACCACGGGGCUGACACUGGUCGACUACCUGGAGGGCCGCGAGGGCCUGCACAACGAGCAGCUGUUCAAGGUGCUGGGCAGCAGGGCGCCCGCGGACGACGACACCUUCCUCGACACAGAGGACCUGGCCGUCGUGAGGGAGGGCCCCCACCUGGGCGCCUGGACGGAGGACCGCCUGCUGGCCCACCUCAAGGCCCAUGAGGCGCUGGAGGCGGAGGACGACCCCUACGCGCCCCGCUCGCGCUCCGCCGAGCGCAACUGGGCGGCCGAGGACAGCGAGACGCGCUUCGAGACCGAGUCCGACGUGAUGGAGCUGUGCGAUCUGGCGGAGACGCUCGGCACGCUGGACGAGGUGGAGGAGAUCGUGACGCGCGCGCGCAUGUGGCGCUGGAAGCCGUACGGCGAGGUGACGCUGCGGUUUGCGCAGGACGCGCGCGGCGUGCCGGUGGAGCUGAUGCAGGACCCGCUCCACUACCCGCACGGCACAAAGUGGAUGGCCCCCGGCCCCCUGGGCCAGGUGCACCCCCUCCCCAACGACAAGGCCAUCCGCAGCGAGAUGGCGCGCGUCGCCAAGAACUACGCCCACAUCCACCGCCUCUACAACUUCGACUGGGACCCCGUGCCCGGCAGCGCCGAGUACGCGGUGGAGCAGCGCAUCCGCCGCGCGCAGGAGCUGCAGCUGCAGCGCCUCGACAGGAUGGAGCGCGCGCUCGCGGAAGACGAGGAGGCGGAGGCCGCCGCCGCCGCCGCUGGCGCGCAAGUCGCGGCCACGGUGGCCGAGGCGCCGCAGGCCGCGGCGCGGCCGCCGCCGUUUGCGAGCUUGAGCGUCGGCGGCGGGCUCGGGGGCGCGUUUGGGUUUGGGUCGGGGGGGCUGGCGCGCGCGCCCCAGGGGAUGGGGCGGGCGUCGCGGGCGGUGCUCAACACCCUCAGCCGCGCGGCGCGGCGCGCACCGCCGCUGUCGUCCGGGCGCCCGCGGCUCGUGCGGCCGGCGCGGCAGCAGCAGCAGCAGCAGCAGCAGCAGCAGCAGCAGCAGCAGCAGCAGGGCGUGCAACGGCAGCGGCAGCAGCAGCAGCAGUGCUAG